GCAGGAGAUUGGCCUUCACGAUCUGCCUUUUAGAAAUAAGUGGGCUUAUUUUAGGGCCCACUCUUAGAGGAAAUCUGGACACAGAAACAUACAGAGAAGUGAUGGUGAAAAUGCACGGGGAAGACGGUGAUCCCUGAGCCAAGAGUGAGAACUCAGAAGAGACCAGUCCUUGUAUACUUUGACCUCAGAUUUCUUGCCUCUAGAAUUGUGAAAGAAAUAAGUUAAGUAAUACCUUGGGCCUAUUAUCUAGAGGGACAAGGAUGUGGUUAGUGAGCAUCACCUUCAGGGACAGAAGUAAAUUCAUAUCAAAGGCCAGAGGGUAAUGAGAGAUCGAAAGCAAAGACCUAGUGCUCGGUACUAAGUCUAAAAUGUAAGCCAAACUUAUAGAAGAAAACAAGUCUUUAAGAAGUGUCUUAUUAGGGGCUGGAGAGUUAGCUCAGUGGUGUCACCACCUGCCUCACAAGCACAAGAUCCCAAGUUCAACCCCGCUACAAAGAAAAAAAGAAAGAAUCACAAAAAGUGUCUUAGUCACUUUCUCCUUGCUGAGAUGCAAUACCUGAUACUCGAAACUUAGGGAAGGAGAGGGUUAUUUCGGCUCAUGUUUCAGUUCAUAGUUGGCUGGCUCCAACGCAGGAUAGCAUGACAGAGAUGUGUGCUGGAGGAAAGUUGUUCAUGGCAUGGUCACCAGGAAGCAGAGAGAAAGAGAACGAAGAUAGGAGGUAGAGGCAGGGAAGAAGACAUGGUAUGACCUUUCAGGCCACACCCCCAAUAACCCAUCUUCUCUGAUCAGGCUCCACCCCCAACAUUAUAUUUAUCAAUGAACUCAUCAGUGCAAUAAUCCACUGGCAAUUUUCACACCCUGGUGAUCUAAUCACCUCCCAAAAGCCCUACUUAGGAUCAUGAGGUUUUGGGGGGACAUCUAGAUAUAAACAGUAAGAAGAAGCUAAGAAUGAAGUAAAUGAGUGUGCCAGUAGUCCUUUUGGGCUUUAACACAAAGGGUAUCAGAGAACUGUCCAAAGGAACUGCCAGGUUCACUGGAGCAGGGUCUAGUCACUUCACAUGAACAGAACAGCUGGGCUCGAGGAUUAUCACACCACAGCCUGGACUCUAGGUUUACUCACGAAGAACUGAACCUUACUGCUGAGUAUUUGCAGUGGCUUUUACCUUUCGUUUGUGAUCCUCUACUGCUAGAUCCUCUGGACCAGCACUCACUGACACCAGUCUGAACUGCGAGUGAGCAUGACAGAGUUAGGAUAGCCCUGCUCCAUAGCAUGCGGCUUCUGGAACCCUGGAGAGACGCUGAAACAAAGUGCUAAUAUGUUACCAGUUCAAGGUAACAGGAAGAUAUUGUGAAGAUCCAUAGAGAUGCUAGUAAGCAAAGCCUAGUGUAAAUUCUCAGACAAGGAUAGCUCAGCUCAGAGACCUAUUGAAGUCAAUGGUGGCCUUAAGUUUGUGUAGUUUUGACAUAACAAGUACCCCACAUCUAUUUGAAUUCCACCCUUUCAGAUAUCUUGGAUUUCUACCAAACAUUGCAAGCAGUAUUUUUUCAACACUGUAUGACAUGAAAAUCACCUCAUCUGGCCAACAAUUAACACAAAGUGAUGGCUCUCUGUUGCCCAGAGACUGCCGAAUGAGUGCCUGGAGUGAAUGGUCGGAGUGUGAUCCUUGCCUCAAAGAAAAGUUUCGCUCAAGGAGCAUUGAGAGCUUUGGACAGUUUAAUGGGAAACGUUGCAUGGAUGCUCUGGGAGACAGACAGCAGUGUGUUCCCACGGAGCCUUGCCUGGAGGCCGAGGAUGACUGUAGAAAUGACUUUCAGUGCAGCACAGGCAGAUGCAUAAAGAAGCGACUUCUGUGUAAUGCUGACAAUGACUGCGGAGACUUUGCAGAUGAGGAAGACUGUGACAGUGACCCCCGGCCCCCCUGCCGCAAUCGAGUGGUAGAAGAGUCUGAGCUGGCACGAACAGCAGGCAAAGGGAUCAAUGUUUUAGGGAUGGAUACCCUGGACACACCGUUUGACAAUGAAUUCUACAAUGGACUCUGCGACCGGGUUCGGGAUGGAAAUACUCUAACCUAUUACCGAAAACCCUGGAACUUGGCUUCUUUGGCCUAUGAGACCAAAGCUGAUAAAAACCUCAGAACAGAAUAUUACGAAGAACAGAUUCAAGCCUUCAAAGGUAUCACCCAAGAACAAACAUCAAGUUUUAACUUAGCUCUAAAAUUUACACCCACUGAAGUAGAUACAAGAAAAAAGGACAAAACUUCUCAGACAACAAACAAUACAGAACAACAGAAGGCCCCAAAUACUUUUCGAUUUUCAUAUUCCAAAAAUGAAACUUAUCAAAAAUUAUUGUCAUACUCUUCAAAGAAGGAAAAAAUUUUUCUGCGUGUGAAAGGAGAAAUUCAGCUGGGCAGAUUUGUGAUGAGAACCCGGGACGUCAUGCUGACAACAACAUUCUUGGAGGAUAUAAGAGCUCUGCCAGCUACUUAUGAAAAGGGAGAAUAUUUUGCAUUUUUGGAAAUGUAUGGAACCCACUUCAGUAGUUCUGGGUCCCUAGGAGGACUGUAUGAACUAAUAUAUGUUUUGGAUAAAGCUGCCAUGAAAAAGUAUGGUUUUGAAUUACACGAUAUAAAGAGAUGCCUCGGAUAUAAUCUGGACUUGUCUAUGAGCAUCACUGGGAUCACUGCUGAACCUGAUCUUACAGCACAAUUAAACUACAGUAACUGUGCGAAAAGGGGUGAAGGUAAAGUGGUAAAUAUCAACCGGGAUCAGCUCAUUGAUGAUGUUAUUUCACUCAUAAGAGGAGGAACCAAUCAGUAUGCCUUGCAACUGAAGGAAAAGCUUCUCAAAGGACCCAAGACAAUUGAUGUGACUGACUUUGUAAAUUGGGCCACUUCCUUAAGCCAAGCACCAGUGCUUAUGAGUCAGAAAUUGGCUCCUAUAUAUAAUCUGGUUCCUGUGAAAAUGAAAGAUUCACACCUUAAGAAACAAAAUUUGGAAAGAGCCAUUAACGACUAUGUCAAUGAAUUCAGUGUAGAAAAAUGCCAUCCCUGCCAGAAUGGAGGCACUGUGGUUCUGCUGGAUGGGCAGUGUCUGUGUUCCUGCCCAUUCCAAUUUGAUGGAAUGGCCUGUGAAGUCAGUAAGAAGAAAAUACCCUAAUUAAGGAUUACCAGUCCCUUUCCCUGCUCAUAAUAAAGUAGAGCUGUUGGUUUCCCUGGACUCAUAUGGAACAAAAAAUUGCCUUGACUUCCACAUUUAAAAUCCUGCCUCUGGAGAUAGUCCUCACUGCCAAGUACAAUGCAACAUGCUUCAUGAAAAUCCUGCCAACCUCUGGAGUCUCUUCUCUCUUAGGUCUACAAUUCUCCCACCCUCCCAUAUAAUGUUUCCAUUCUUUAUUUCCUCAUGAAGAGUCAGCAGUUAAAUAUCCCAGCACUGCUUUUUCCCACAGGCAAUGCCAAUCCCUUGCUAAUAAAACAAAAUUAAAUUAAAAACAAAA